GACCGUGUUGGCAAUUGCUGGAGAAGACUUUUCUAUCGUUGCCUCUGACACGCGACUGAGUGAAGGUUAUGCAAUUCACUGCCGGGACAGUCCAAAAUGCUACAAACUAACAGAACAAACGGUCAUUGGAUGCACUGGUUUCCAUGGUGACUGCCUUACCCUUACUAAAAUUAUCGAAGCAAGGUUAAAGAUGUACAAGCAUUCCAACAACAAGACCAUGACUACUGGGGCUAUUGCAGCAAUGCUGUCUACAAUUCUGUAUUCUCGACGUUUCUUUCCUUACUACGUUUACAACAUAAUUGGUGGACUUGAUGAAGAAGGGAAGGGAGCAGUAUAUAGCUUUGAUCCAGUGGGCUCGUACCAGAGAGAUUCUUUCAAAGCAGGUGGAUCUGCAAGUGCCAUGCUGCAGCCCUUGCUUGAUAACCAGAUUGGCUUCAAGAACAUGCAAAAUGUGGAACAUGUGCCUCUGACCCUGGAAAAGGCAUUGCAGCUGGUUAAAGAUGUCUUUAUUUCUGCUGCUGAGAGAGACGUGUACACUGGGGAUGCCCUUAAGAUUUGCAUUGUCACAAAAGAUGGAAUUAAAGAGGAAACUGUCCAAUUACGAAAAGACUAACUCAGUUCACUUAUAAACAUGUAAUCUGUCAUGUACAAUUUACCUGUAUCAUUAAGACAUUUGUCUUAUUAAAUUUUUUUUCAAGAAGUUUAA